GAGGUGGAUUUUUUUGCUCCACUCAUUUCUCCUGAAGGAUGAGAUCCCUGACACACCUCAAACAUCACUCCAGGAACAAUGUGGAGGAGGAGAGCAGCCGCCUGGUGCGAACCUACCCGAAGAUGACUGAGAGCCAAGUGGAUGUGGGCACACAGACCGAGCCUGUGGUGGUGCUAUCUCUGGCUCAGGCAGCUGUGCUUGGUCUCAUCUCCCAGAAUGAAAUAUUUGGGGCCACAAUUGCCCCGAACGGCUUUUACACUGGGGAGACCAGGGAGUGUCCCCCUCCGCCCCCCGAGGCAAUGGAGUACGAGUAUGCUGACCAGCUGAUAGGAGCCAAUGGAGACUACCUGCCUGAGCCGGCUGAGGAGCCGGAGCCCCAGCCCCACUGCAGCGAAAGAAGACGACCGGGGCCCCGUGGAAGGAACAAAAGGCCCAGGAACGAUGACGAGUUACAGACUCCCCAUCAGAAAGCAACAAGUCUACAGGCUCAAGUUAAAGGUGAAAGGCUUGAGUCCGACUCCCCUCCUUCCUGCACUCACAUUAACAGCAGGCAUAGUCCUGGAAAAUCAGACGAUCCAGUUACCCAAAAAAGGUCUCUGAAAGAGGAGCAGGCCUGUGGAAACUGUGUCUCAUGUGUGAGAGAUACACCCGGGCCAAAAACAGACGGACAACCAGAACAGGAAGGAGAAGACAACACUGGUCGAGACAGAGAGAGGAAAGAAGAGGAGGGGCCAGUGGCAGAGGAAGAAGAGGAGGAAGCGCUAAACCUCAAGACCACUGGAGAGAAUGGGAGUCCUCUAGAGAGUCGCUAUUAUGAACCUAAUGAGGCAGGGUAUGAGGCUGCUGACAUGUCACUGCCAGGAGAGUAUGAGGAGAACGGCCAGGCCAUGUUGUGGUCUGACCCGGAGGGUCUCGCCAGGCGGAUGCAGAUCGACCGGCUGGACAUCAACGUACAGAUUGACGAGUCCUACUGCGUGGAUGUGGGCGAGGGUUUGAAACGCUGGAAGUGCCGCAUGUGUGAGAAGUCGUACACAUCCAAAUACAACCUUGUGACUCAUAUCCUGGGCCAUAACGGAAUAAAGCCUCACGAAUGUCUACACUGUGGAAAGCUAUUCAAGCAGCCGAGCCAUCUCCAGACCCACCUGCUCACCCACCAGGGAACCAGGCCGCACAAGUGCACCGUUUGUGAGAAAGCCUUUACGCAGACCAGUCACCUGAAGAGGCACAUGCUGCAGCAUUCGGACGUGAAGCCCUACAGCUGUCGUUUCUGCGGCCGAGGCUUCGCCUACCCCAGUGAGCUGCGGACGCACGAGAACAAACACGAGAACGGCCAGUGCCAUGUCUGCACACAGUGCGGUCUGGAGUUCCCAACCUACGCACACCUGAAACGGCACCUUACCAGCCACCAGGGCCCCACCACGUACCAGUGCACAGAGUGCCACAAGUCCUUCGCCUACCGCAGCCAGCUGCAGAACCACCUGAUGAAGCACCAAAACGUGCGGCCAUACGUUUGCCCCGAGUGUGGCAUGGAAUUCGUCCAGAUCCACCAUCUCCGACAACAUGCUCUAACUCACAAGGGUAUGAAGGAAUUCAAGUGUGACGUCUGUGCCAGGGAGUUCACGCUGUCUGCCAACCUGAAGAGACACAUGUUAAUCCACGCCAGUGUGAGGCCCUUCCAGUGCCAUGUCUGCUUCAAGACCUUUGUCCAGAAGCAAACCCUUAAAACGCAUAUGAUUGUCCAUCUGCCGGUCAAGCCUUUCAAAUGCAAGGUGUGCGGAAAGUCGUUCAACAGAAUGUACAACCUCCUCGGACACAUGCAUCUCCACGCCGGCAGCAAGCCCUUCAAGUGCCCUUACUGCACCAGCAAGUUCAACCUGAAGGGCAACCUCAGUCGACACAUGAAGGUCAAACACGGAAUAAUGGACACCUCCAUAGACGGGCAAGAAGCCCCCCAAGACACAGAGGGACAAGAGGACUACGAAGAGGAGAGCUUUGAAUUCAGCGAGCGAGAGAACCGCGCCAACAACAACAACACGCCAGACAUUGCUAAACUAACUCAAAUGGAAUAUUACAGCACCUAUGGGAAGGGUGCAGGGCGUUUCAGCACGGCAUGAAUUAUUAAAGUGAACGCAAACUCAACAGACGUGUGAACUAAUGAACAUUUUCUUCAUUUUUUUUUUUUUCUGUUUUUGUAAUUUUGCCGUUAAAAGGCAUCGUGCUUUUGUUGUUCUUCGUGGGCACGAAAAGGAGCCCAGCAAACCGCACAUCCAUAUGCACUGGAAUAGCUCGUAACGCUACCAAAAUUUGAAAAAUGUAUACUUUUUACCUGCACAUUUUUUUCAUCUCGAAAAAGACUCUGCAAAUCUACUGACUACACAGAUUAUAUUUGAGCAAAUGUGGGACUUAAAAUAGAAAAGGAAAAUCUAUAUAAAUACAUAUAUGUUGUUAGUUGCUUAUAUACCAGAACGUCAUCUGAGCCUAAAUUGGACAAGCACAUUUUUUUUUUUUUUUUAGCUA